AUGGCAGAGACAAAUACUCCUGAGCUGCACAGCCUGCCACUACACUGCUCAGACCAACAGGACUAUGCCAUUAACAUACUGUCAAGGCUGGAUGCAGCAUUUGAGCACUUCUGGGCACAAUUAGCAGAGCGGUUGGCAGCAUCGCACUUCCUACAGGCUGAGAGCGAUCAGAGAUUCUGGAGACAAGAGCCGGGGGAGACCCCUUGUGGAAAAUCAACCUCACAAGCUCGAGUCUCACUGCUCACCCACUCUCCACGGCU